CGAAUUCGAAAAGCCGAGGUAAUUCCUUUAAAAACCCUAGAUUCUACCUGUGAUUGAUCUUUGAGCUGGAGCUGCUAGCGUUUUUUAUUUGCUUUGUGCACUGAAUAGAUCUUACAAGCAUCUACAAUUUCGUACUACUACAGGGCGACUGCUUGUACGUGAGACGCGAGUGUUGAGGGUGUUUUUCCGGAUACUGAAGUAUCAGUGAUUGAAUUUUGGAGGUUGGGAGAAGGAUUUUAGAAGGGGAGAUUGUAGAAAUUUUAGAGGAAGGGGAGUUUGGGAAAGAUUAGAGAUUGGAGGUGAGCUUUGGAAAGAGGAGUAAUGUCGGGGACAAAAUUGGAAGGACCGUCAGCGCCUGUGUUGCGGCGAGAUCCUUAUGAGGUGCUUUCAGUUACUAGGGAUUCGUCUGAUCAGGAGAUUAAGACUGCUUACAGAAAGCUUGCGCUAAAGUAUCAUCCGGAUAAGAAUGCUAACAACCCUGAAGCUUCAGAGCUUUUCAAGGAGGUUGCAUAUUCCUAUAGUAUUCUGGCUGAUCCAGAGAAAAGGAGGCAAUAUGAUAAUUCAGGAUUUGAGGCCCUUGAUGCUGAAGGAAUGGACAUGGAGAUUGAUUUGUCUAAUCUUGGAACUGUCAACACAAUGUUUGCAGCUUUGUUCAGCAAAUUGGGUGUGCCAAUCAAGACUACAAUUUCUGCCAAUGUUCUCGAAGAGGCUUUGAAUGGAACAGUUACAGUUAGACCUCUACCUAUUGGAACUUCUGUGAGCGGAAAGGUUGAGAAACAGUGUGCUCACUUCUUUGGUGUAACUAUCAGUGAUGAACAAGCAGAGUCAGGAAUAGUAGUUAGAGUGACAUCAGCUGCCCAAAGCAAAUUUAAGCUCCUGUACUUUGAACAAGAUGCAAAUGGGGGAUAUGGUUUGGCAUUGCAGGAAGAUAGUGAAAAGGCAGGCAAAGCUACAUCAGCUGGAAUGUACUUCUUACAUUUUCUAGUGUAUAGGAUGGAUUCAACUAUAAAUGCGUUGGCAAUGGCUAAGGACCCAGAAGCUGCUUUCUUUAAAAGACUGGAUGGCCUUCAACCUUGUGAGGUCUCAGAACUCAAAGCUGGCACUCAUAUAUUUGCUGUAUAUGGAGACAACUUUUUCAAACCUGCUACUUAUACAAUUGAGGCCCUUUGUGCAAAGACGUAUGAGGAUACAACAGAUAAGCUUAAGGAUAUUGAAAGUCAAAUUUUGAGAAAGAGAAACGAGUUACGGCAAUUUGAGACAGAAUAUAGGAAGGCACUGGCACGAUUUCAAGAAGUCACUAACAGAUACACUCAGGAAAAGCAGGCUGUUGAUGAGCUGCUAAAACAAAGAGAUACCAUCCACUCUUCUUUCACCGUUUCAAGGACUGUUUCUUUCCCAGCAAGUGGACAUUUUAGCAAUGGAAGUAGCAGCAAACUUGCAGAAGAUUAUAAAUCCGAGAGUCCAGGUGAAGAGGGCAGUUCAGAUUCGAAGGAUAAAUCUUCAAAGAAGAAAUGGUUCAACCUUAACCUCAAGGGAUCCGAGAAAAAAUGAACUGUGCUCGAGCUACCUCUUUACCUGCUCUUCGAGGUUUGAAGUUCGUUCUCUCCUUCAUGUUCGCAUCUCAGUUUUCUGUCUAUAUAAGGCUCACCCCUUAUUAUAUCGGUGGAGUUGUAUCCUAUUCUUGAGGAUGUCUCCUGGUUGGUCUGUCAAAUUAUUGCUGUAAAAUGUAAGUAAUUAGGUCUCUAUUCAUGGAGCUUUUCGUCGCCCGAUGUUGGAGCUGGGAUAGUUUGUAGAAUAGUCGAUUUAUAUUUGUUCUGGUUUCACUGUAACAGUAAUUUUGUUUGCAAACUCAAUUUUUCACUUUUUCA